AUAGAAUAAAUUCAGUAUCCUAUACGUAUAUGUGAGACGCACGAAUUGAAAGUCAUUCUCUCUUAAAAAAACUUUAGAUUUGAUAUUAUUUAUCCCAAUAUGGAAACUGGAUAAUCGUGUAUCGUUCGCUGUGAUUGCUGAGCAUAAAUAACAUGAUGGGGACAAUAAAGGAAUUACAGCAAUGCGUAUACGCAAAAAUGGACGAAUUGCAUCAAAGGGAUGAAUUGAUUUCAGAAUUAGAAAUGGAAAUAGAAGAAAAAGACGAACUCAUAAAACAAUUAAGCAGUCAACUUGAUAAAUAUAGAAGUAUACUUCAGCCAGCUUUGCUACUUCGCGGGCAGGACAUGUUGGCAGCUUCCAUUCUUCGUCAAAAUGGAAUUGCUGGUUCAAAUCCUUCUGAAAACGAGGAACCACCUGAUACUGCGACACCAGAUAUUCCCCCUCCUUGCCCGCAUAUAAACAUUGAACAACCUUCACCGGUAAAAUCGCCAUCACAUUUUAGCGUUGAUGAAGGCGAGGGCGUGGAACUUGAAAUUGAAGAUAUCGAUAUCGCAUGUUCGUAUGUUGACGGACAACAUGUUUCAAAUGAUGUUGAAACGGAUCAACGAGUUAACGGGCAACAGGUAGAGACGUCGUCAACAUCAAGUCUAUCUUCUGCUCAAGUUAGUCUCCCAAAAUUGAAUGGGGAUGCCAAUAAAAGCGAGUGUGAAUGGAAAAACGGUGAUAUUACCUCUAAUGGCCCGGAUGGUUCGAAAAGUGUAGUUUCUUUCAAAAGUCUGAACGAUGACGAUGGAAUAAUUGAAGAAACGAAAAAUGAAAGUAGUGGGAAAAGGUUAUCAACGUUUUCAAUUCUUAAAAAUGUUCCCUGGCCGAAAAAGAAGAAAUCUUCAGAUCGUCAUAGUAAAGUGUCAAACGCAUCACAGCGUCCAACUGAAGGUACGUGUCAACACAAAUGCACUUGUGCCAAAAAGCCAUCUGCAGAUGCCCUCGAAGAGUACAUAUUGGAACAGAGGAAUAUGUAUAUGGAAUGCUCAUUCAGCAAUCAAGAUUUCAAUUCAAAUAGUGCCGACAAUUCAUGUUCAAACAAAAGAAAAAUGUUGAGGUGGUUAUCUAAAAAACGAAGCUCUUUUGGGAAACCUCGACGUUCAUCUAAUCUUAUGACUGCUUUCAUGCCAUUUGCGAGCAUGGAGGCAAGGAAACAUAUACACGAAAUGCAUUCUGUAUGGACGAACGGUAUGACGUCAGAUUUGAAAGGCCGAACAAAAAAGCGAUCAUGGAGGUCGAGAUUCGGACGAACAAGGUCCGAAGCAAAACACCACCUGAAUAACAAUGACUGCAAAUCUGAUUGCACCCAAUGUGGAUGUAUAAAAUCAUGUACACGAUCUCGGUCACCGAGUAAUCGAAGCUCAAAAACAAUGAUAAAUAUUGGCAUACAAACGACACCUGUACGUAUUAGCAUGAGCAUCCUAAAAAGGCCCAGUCGUGAAAGUCCGAACUCAAACGGUCUGAUGAGAUCAUUAGUCGUGCCCGAAGACGAAAAUAGAAAUAUAUUGACAAGAAAAAGUGCUUUCCCGAAUAGUGCUGUCACCCUAGAAAAACCAUCGAAAGAUAUUCCGAAUGGAUGUCAAAAUGUAACCGCCUCCGAGAUAGCAAUGGAGAUUGGUCAAGAAGGAAGUCACGAAAGUACACUAUUUAUGCCAAAUAAUGAAAACAAUAUUGCAAAAGACGGAAACCAAAAUAUUAUUUCGCCUACAGGAGUCGAUGGGAACAUGGUACAUGAACCGUGCGUUGUUUCACCAAUGUCUGUGGAUGAUAGGGCAGAAUCAGAAUCUGCAUGCAAGACGACAAAUGAAAGCUGUGAAAAAAUGAGCACAGUUGAUGAGUCUCAACUAAAAUGUAGUCCUUUGAGAAACGCCAAUAAGUGUGUUAACAAAUCACCAGCUACAUGUAGGUCAAAAAGACAAGCGAUAUCAGGCGAACCUGUUAACCAGAAUACAAGAACAAUAAAACACACACCUAAGCCUCUGCAAACAAAAAAUCUGAUACGAGAGUCAAUUUUGGACAACGAUUUUAUGAAGCAUUUGGAAAAAUGUCAAAUCGAAGAGAUUGUAAAGAGCAUGUAUCCCGUGGAAUACACUCAUUCCAGUAUAAUCAUCAAAGAGGGUACAGUGGGAUCGUUGGUGUAUGUAUUAGAAGAGGGAAAGGUAGAAGUUACAAAAGCCGGAGAACAUCUUUGUAACAUGGGUCCAGGAAAGGUAUUUGGAGAAUUAGCUAUUCUGUACAACUGCACAAGAACAGCAACUGUUAAAGCUCUCACUCGUGUGAAACUAUGGGCUAUCGAUCGACAAUGCUUUCAAGCAAUAAUGAUGCGAACGGGACUGAUGAAGCGAGAGGAACAUCUUGAAUUUUUGAAGAGUGUACCAACGUUCGCUAAAUUACCAGAGGAUAUCAUAGCAAGAAUAGUCGAUGUCUUGGAAGAGUGUCAUUUCAAAAAUGGAGACUACAUUGUGAGACAAGGAGCAGUGGGAGACACAUUUUACAUCAUAUCAAGGGGAAAGGUUAAAAUCACGAAACGAAAAGAAUCAGGACAAGAGCCUGUAUUCAUCAGAGCAUUGGGUAAAGGAGACUGGUUCGGAGAGAAAGCUUUAACAAGCGAGGAUUUACGGACAGCAAAUGUGAUUGUCGACGACAAAGAUGGAGUUUCCUGCUUGGUACUCGAUAGAGAAUCAUUUAACCAAUUGAUCGGCGGUCUCGAUGACGUCAAGAAAACGUACACUGAGGUACAAGCAAUAAGGUCUCAGCCUGACAGAGCAUUCUACGACUCAUUGAAGCUGUCGGAUUUUACAGCAAUAGAAACGCUGGGUGUCGGCGGAUUCGGCCGUGUGGAAUUGGUUGAAUUAAACAGAGAUAGAUCUCGUACAUUUGCGAUGAAAAUAUUAAAGAAAAAACACAUCGUUGAAACCAGACAACAAGAACAUAUCAUGAAUGAAAAACGAAUUAUGAUGGAAUCAAGUUGUGAUUUUAUUGUCAGGAUGUAUUCGACAUUUAAAGAUUCUCGAUAUCUAUACAUGUUGAUGGAAUGUUGUCUUGGUGGAGAAUUAUGGACGAUUUUACGUGAUAAAGGAAGUUUUGAAGACAAUACCGCAAAAUUUUACACGGCAUGUGUCGUCGAAGCUUUUAUUUUCAUGCAUUCACGUGGUAUCAUAUACAGAGAUUUGAAACCUGAAAAUUUAAUAUUAGACGAAAGAGGAUAUGCUAAGCUGGUCGACUUCGGAUUUGCGAAGAAAAUUGGGUUCAGUCGAAAAACAUGGACUUUUUGUGGAACACCUGAAUAUGUUGCUCCUGAAAUAAUAUUAAACAAAGGACAUGAUUUAUCGGCCGAUUAUUGGUCGCUUGGUAUAUUGAUGUUCGAGUUACUCACUGGAAGUCCUCCAUUCUCCGGACAUGAUCCGAUGAAAACAUACAACCAUAUUUUAAAAGGAAUCGACAUGAUUGAAUUUCCAAAGAAAAUUUCUCGAACUGCCCAAGGUCUAAUUAAAAAGCUAUGCAGGGACAAUCCGGCUGAAAGAUUAGGAAAUCAAAGGAACGGAAUCAAAGAUAUUCAAAAACAUAAAUGGUUUGAUGGUUUUAAUUGGGAAGGAUUGAAGAAAUGUACAGUCACCCCACCUAUUAUUCCUAAGUUGAAUGGACCUUCCGACACUUCAAAUUUUGACAAAUUCCCGGAAGAAGAAGAGGAAUUACCGGAAGUAGAUGAAUCUGGAUGGGACAAAGAAUUUUGAAACGGGAAUCCUGGUUCGAAAUCCAAUCAAUUAUCCACUGCUAAUAACAAAAUUAUUACUUUUUCGCACCACGCACCGAUGCGUAAAACAAAUAUUGGAACAUUUAUUUAUAUAUGGAAUUUCUUACACAACCAUAAUAUAGAGGAAUUCCUAACUUCCGCAAUUGGUGGCUAUCUUAGCAUCGUCCUGAGAAAGAUGUUGAGUAUUCUGACACAAGCCACUCAAAAGACGAGAGAGAAUUUUUUUGAUUUUAAUAUAUUUGACGACGUAACCACGCCUAUCUCGUUUUUUUGAACUAUUUUAACUUUACAAUCGAUGUUGUGAUGGGUUUAGAAAAUAUUUAAACUUUGAAGUCUUCCAACUUUAUCAGUGGAAAACAGUGAAAUUUAUAUCGGACAUAGGUUUAAUAGAAAUAGUAAGUUUAAUUAUUUUUACACUAUACUACUCAUACAACUGACUAGCAACAAAAUCUCUGCUCAUUGUGUCACAUUACAAGCCAUAUUCUAUAGGUGUUUAUGAUUUACGAGUUUUAUAUUUUGACUAAAGCAAAUUUUUUGUUCUACUCUUUGAUGAAAUUUUGACACACAAGACGACUAAUUUCGAGUAUUAGAUUAGUUUGGCGUUAUUAUCUUACCGACUGAGUUUUUUAUUGUAUUGUUGAAAAACUAUAAUACCGAAUCGGUGAAGUUCUAAAACAUAGUACGCAACUUCUUAUAAAAAUAUUUGUUAAUAUUUCAUUAUACAUUUUCAAGAUGUAUUAUUGUUGCUAUUUUCAUAAAUUUCAGCAGAAAAUAACAAUUUGUUUUUCAAUAUUUACGGAUAUAAAGACGCUCGAUUUUAUUUUAUUUUCAACAUUGACAUUAUUAUUAUUUUCUUGAAAUGUUCCUACAUUAUAUUGCUGAAUAUGUGUGAUUACGUAUCUUAUUCGUUUUUUUCAUUGCUAUAGCAACUAAAAUUGAUUAUUACGUCAUCAAUUACGUCAUGGCGUGGACGAUUAAUUUUGGUUUUAAUAUUUCAUUCUAUGCUUGAACGGCAAAAUAUAUGAUACUUUAUGGUUUAUUUAAAAUAGGUAUUCAGGUAUUCAUUUACUUUUUCCGAUUGGUGGGUUGGGGGGCGUUUUGUCGCAGUUUUUUUUUUAUAGCUGCUGAAUCCUUACUUCGAAUAACCCUAAAUACUAUGAACGAGAACAUUACUAAUAGCGAGGAGCUUUAGUGGCGCUCCAGAAGUAUGUGUACCAAUAUGGAGGUAACUAAUUUUGUUCGCCUAUUUUACAACAAGUUGUGUGAAGGGUCUGAAACCAAUGGACAUGUGGUAUGUUCACAUAGCUAAACAGACGGUCACCGAACUUGUAAUAGAACUGAAAUAAGAAAAAUCGGAAUAAAAUUAUGGCCUAACUCUAACCUGGUACACACACUACGGGAGUGCCGUUUUAGUUUAAUUAAGUUGCAGUAUUAAAAAUUAGUCACGAAAAAAGCUACAAUAGACUAACCUGAAAAUAAGCUAUCAGUACUUUUGAUUGAUAGGUGGGUAAAUAUUUUUUAUUCAAAAUGAUGUUUAUGAUACAAAAAAGUAGUUUCUAAGUAUCAACUCGCAAAAUAAGUAUCAAAGAUUUUUAAAUUGAUCAGUGUAAAAAAACUUUGUCGUCAAGGGUCAGAGGGGAUCCAUUGAAAUCAAAAGCCAAUGUGAAUGAAUAUAAAUUUUGAAUCGUAUUCGAAAUAAAAAA